AUGACCACCCAGGCCUUGCAACCGUUGGACAGGGAUGAUUCCUCUACGGAGUCGGCUGGAAUGAUCGAGGUGCUCGCAAGGCAUUUCUUCGGUCUUGAGACCGACGACAGCGUGGGAGUGGAUGCAGCACAGGAGGUGGAGAUGAGCAAGCUCAUCCAAUGGGCUGGCCAGGUUCUUGGCACGAGCCUGGAGCAUGGUGUGGUGCACCUGACAGGUGCCGUUGCUGCUGCAGUAGCAGCAGGUGUGCCUGGGAAUCCUUACGAGUGUGAGGCUGUGCUUCGCGAUGUGGUUCCGGCCGUCAAUGAGGCGAUGGCCCAGCUUCGAGAGUUCAAGGUAGCACAGGCCAAGACACAAGAAGUGCGCAACUCUGUGUGCAAGCAGGGGGAAACGAUGAUCCUCAAGCUCAAGCAGAAGCUGGAGGAAGGUGAGAUUUCGGAGGAUGACCUGCACCAACGGUGCAAGUCUGUGACUGUGUGGCAGUCAAAGAAAGACUCCGACCUGGAUGUGAGCAUGGGAGACCUGGAGGCAAAGGUCUGUGAAUGUGUGGAAGCCACAUCGACCUUGAUUCUGGAUGCUUGGCACAAACUUGCAAGACCUGGGCUGCAGCCCAUUCCGGAGCAGCAGGACCAGGAGGAACAGGACGAGGUCAUGAUGGAUGUGGAUGACGAUGAGGCUUGCAUGCUGAGAGAGAUGGAGGAGGCCCUUGAAGCUGAUUGCCAGAGCAAGGACAGCAGCAGCGGCUUGCCAGCUGCCCCAGCUGAGCAGGCCCGCCGCGAUGAGUCGGAGUCAGCUGCCUUGGCCCAGGCUCGUGACUCCACCCAGACGACAAAGACCGAUGGCUCCAUGCUUGCUGCCUCCAACCAGACGACGCAGACCCAUGGCUCCAUGCUUGCUGGCUCCAACCAGACGACGCAGACCCAUGACUCCAUGCAGCUUGAGAUGCAUGCAGCGGCAGUGGCCGAGGCAGAGUCCUUGCAAGGGGGUGCCCAGACGGCUGAGGCGGCUGAGGCCCCGAAGAGACAGGGUGCAAUCUACAGGGCCAUCGAGGAGGGUCUGAUCGAUGAAAUCCUACGGCGCCCAGAGAGCUUUCAGAUCCAGGAGGCGACCUUGAAGCGCAAGGAGAACGAGACUUAUGAGGAGCACAUUUUGCGUAUUGCGCACAAUGUGUACAUGAAGUUCAACCGCAAGGCCUGCCCUCCCGAAGUGAUCGAUGCUGCGAAGAAGGCCAGGAGCGCUGGUGGGAAGAUCGAGAAUUUGUUCCUCGAUUACCUGAGAUGCAGCGGCAACUGGCUCAGCAGUACACUCGUUAUGCAGACCAAGCGGGUGAAGGACAAGGAGUUGAAGAUGGAAGAAGCCUAUAUCAUGUUUAAAGACCUCAAGCAGAAGCACGGGUCAUUGAUGGCCAAAUCGAUCAGAGAUGAAAAGCGGGCGAUGCAAGAGGCUCUCGACAAAGAUCCCAAAGCUGACCCGGACACUUUGCCCUGGGUCCUUGCUCAUCCGGAUCUUCCGGGUUCCGAAGCAGCUGGACUGAAUAUUAUGGCAUGGGAGGCUGAGGAGUACAAGAAGCUGCGCAAAGCAGGCAAGGGUGGCUUCGCGAACCAGGUCAAAAAUAAGACGAAGCUUGUGAACGACAAGAUCGAGGACUUGGAUGCCGUGCAAGAUGUGCUUCAGGCCAAGCCGCCACACAUGUCGGAGCCUUUGCGCAAGGGCUACAUGGAGGAGCUCCAGCUGCAUCGCGAGGCAAUGCUGACGUCCUUGCAGAAUCUGAAGGCUGAUGAGCUAGAGGACAGCCCGGAGAAGCAGCAAGCAUGCUUGGAGGCCCUGGCUGAAGUGCUGAAGGCAUACCAGGACGCUGCAUCCAUGAUCAAGAAGAAGGCAGACCUCAGCUUUUGUGGAGCUGCAGCGAUGCUGCGGAAUGGACACAAGGAGUUGGAGGCUGCUGGGGCAAAUUUGGGCCUCCUGGGAGACAAACUUCGUCGUGCCGGCUGUGGGGGCAAAUACCCUUCCAACAUGGAACGUGAUAUGUUACGGGCAGCAACGAGGUGUAUGGGCUCCGACACGUGGCUUUCAAGUUUUCGGUUUAUCGCUUUCAUCCGGUUCAC